AUGGCAAUGCAGCUGCUCGAGAGCGUCAAACGCAGCGUGGAUGCAGAAGCGCGGCCCCAGGAUCCUCGGCAAGGCUUAGAUGGCGACGUCGCAUAUGCCGCAAACGAUGCCGUGCACGCUCUGCUGCAGCUUAUUGCGAUCCAUGAUGAACGAGAGGGCGGGGCAGGCGCCUUUGCGUCGCUCUUCGCGGAGACGCUGCAGCUUUUGCAACAGCUGCAGACGCGGGCUGAGCCGCCGACGGCGUUACUCUACGCCUUGAGAGACCGCCUAGAGGAAAUAGUUCUUUGGCUUCCAGGCCAAGCGAACGAGGGGAUUCGCGCUGAGGCGGAGCUUGUGUUGACGGUGGUGCUCCAUGCCGUUUGGCAUCAAAUAGGCGCGUCGCAUGUGAGCCGUUGGACGCUUUGGCAGGAGUGUCUGCGCUGCCUGCGGUGGUUCCGCAGCCCGCUCUCGCGGCGCUCCUCCGCCGAGUUGCAGGCCACUGAAUCAACACUCCGGGUUCUCAGGGCCUUUGUGCGGCGCUGCGACCGCCCUGAGGAGGGAUUUGUGGAGGGCGUCGCCGCGGGCUGGCUGCUGGACGAUGCCGCCCCUCCCGCGCUCGAGACGCUCCUCGCCUCGCUGGACGCGUCGCCCGGCCUCGUCGACCCCGCCAUGUGGCUGUCGCACGAACUUCUCUUGGAGACGCUCGUGUGGGCAGGCCGGCAUCGUGUGAAGGGGUUGCUGCGGCGCCUCGUGCGUUUCCUGCAGCCUCUGCUGCUGAGGCUCCUCCGGUGCGAAGUGGAGGAUGCCGCCACCGCAGCAGCAGCAGCAGCAGCAACGGGGUCGCGCCAUCGGCUGUGCUCGGAGGCGCUGACGGCGCUGACGGUUGUGGUUCAGUGCCUCACCAGCGGACCUCACGAGGAGGUGCUGCACGACUGGCCAUUGGUGCGUCAGUUGUUUCCGCGGCUGUUGCAGGCCAAUCAACUCCUCCCCACCGCCGUUGCCGCAGCAGCAGCAACAGCGACAAGGACAACGCCUGGAAGAGUAAGCGCCCUCGCGGAGAGUUUGGCUGCCGUGUUAGACAAACUGCGUCGCACCUUCCAUUUUCUCAUCAUGAAGAUCUCGCUUGAUGCGCACCGGCGUCGUAGUCAAGGGGGUGAGGAGGGAGCGCCCACUCGCGCCAACGAUGCGGCGAGGCACCUGGAGGAGUCCGUGGAGAAGGGGGCUGUAGAGUACAUGGGGCUUUGCGAAGCCUUUACGCAGUGGUUCCUUGCCUCGUUGGGCGCUGCCUGGACGGCGGUUGGCGCGGAAGUAGCUGCGUGCCUUGAAAAGGUCAUGAACUGCGUCUGGGACGUCAACUACACGCUGUACGUUUGGUUCACCGCGUUUAGCCGCCCUCACGCCGGCGGCGACCUGUUGGCCGCGCUGCAGCAGCACUACCGCUGGCUGCUGUGCUCGCAGGUUGCGUGCUUGCCUGCGUCGUACGCCACGCCCCUGCGCGUGGAGCGUUGGCUGCUUGUGAUGAGCAGCAAUGCGGCAGCCCCCACCGCCACACCGCCGCUGCAAACGCGAAGGGAGGAAAUAGAAACCGAGACGCGCAUGGUUGCGGCGUUGGUCAACGACGUCACCACGCUGGAGGCCUGGCAGGGGCUGCAUUCCCCUUCGCCCCCGUGCGGGGGCGAUGCGGGGCGGCAGCUGGUUGUGCCGCUUCUCCUGGAUGGCAUCCACGGCAUUACCGUGAGGGUCACGGAAACCGCAGCCGCCGCUGACUCCGCCCCACGCACGCCGAAGACGUCUGCCGCGGCGAAGCACGAAACGCUCCCGCCGCUUUCCAGUGGGAUCUCCGCGCGGGCCCCCUUUGAGGAUCACCUAACCCUCGUUUCGCCACAGCACUUGCGCACCAUGCAACAGGCCGGCUGCACCCUCAUUUACAUGCUGCUCUGUGAAGGGCAGGCGGAGCUGCCGCAAAUGGCACAGAAGGUCAUGUCUUGGUCCUGCUGCCCGCGUGCGUGUUUGCGGGCUAUUGUAGACGCGGCCCAAUCCACGUCGCAGGAGACACUCAAAGCCCUGUGGAGUCCAGCCGCGCUCGUCGCGGUAUUUAACACGUUGCAGGCGCAGAGUCACUUCUGGGCCUCGUUGGAGAGGCCGCCGGCGGUGGACGGAAGCCAGGCGUCAAGGGUGCUGCGUCUCCUCACUGCCUCCCCCGCCGCCCGCGCCGUCGCUCGAAUGGAGGAGGAGACCUGCACCGCCGCCUUACUGGCGUUGGAGCCGGCAGACGUCGCGGGGGACGCCGAGCACGCGGCUGCCACGCGGCACACCGUGUAUCGGCUUCUCUCUGCCUUUCCAAAAAUUGUGGAAAGGCGAAUGCUCGCCUUGUUGCUAGGCGGUCAACUUCACGACCUUCAGCUGACUGUGAUGGACGCCAUCCUGGGGCACGUUGUUGCGGUCUCCGCUGGACGCUCGCUUGGCUGCAGCCCGGCGCUGAUGCGCGGCACCGCCAUGUGGCUGCUGCUUCGCACUCCCUGUGCGGAACGUGGCGAUGGGGCCCCUGUUGCUGCACCGCUGCAUGUCUUCUCGGGCAUCAUGCUCUCCGGCGCGCUGCAGCCGGCAGACGGCGCUCCUCGGAAGGGAGGAACGCCUAUGGGUGUGGAGCAUGACACCCAAACUGUGUCGUCGCAUAGGCCUUCUGAAAGCUCGAGGGCGGCGAUGCAGGCGGCUCACAUUCGUCUCUGGCUGCGGUGGGACCAGGCGCUUCAGCUGCUCCGUGACGCACUGGAGGCGGCACCGCCCCGCGUGGACCUCGACAGGGCCUUGAUGGCUGCGAUGGAGCUGUACGGGCCGCACGCCGCGGAGUUCUGCGACGAUGGCUCUUUCCUUGCCCUGUUGGGCCGACACACACGACCCCGCUCCUCUUCCGCUUCCUCUAUCCCGCCGAGUCCGCUUUAUGGGUUAAUGGGAGAACUUGCCGAUUACGUGGCGUCUUCGUCCUCGCUUCAAAAGUCGCUCCUUCGGCGUGAAGCUGUGGAGCCGUCUGAGUUGCGUCACCUCGGCGAAACGCUUUGGAAACGCCUUUGGCCGGCGUGCGGGGAGAAGGCGGUUGCACACGCGGAGGUGUGGAAGUCGGUGUUCGGCCUGCUCCACAGGGUGUUGCAAAGUCGUUUGCCGCUCUCGCCCCACCAUACGGGGACCGUGGCGCCGCCGCCCACAGUCCCACUCUCGUGCCUGCUGCUGGAGCGCCUUAUUCCGCAUCUGCUGCGCCAUGGGGUGCGGGAACGCUCGCUGCAGGAGGAUCGGGUGUGUCUGGUGGAUAUUGCACUUGUGGCCGCCUCCCUGCUGCUCCUUCUGGAGAUGGCGUUUCCGGGGCGUGCCGUGCGGCUGGCCCUUUUCAAGCUAUACACUCAGGUCCUUGGGGAGGAGGCGGGAGGCGGCGGUGAUGCCGUCAGUAUUUAUACUUCUCUGCCGCAUACGUCGGUUACACCGCUGCCGGCAGCGUGGCGGACUCUUAUGGCGUGCGAGACACAUUUUCUGACGCUGCCUGGCCUCUUGGACGCGGCGACGGGUGCCCCUUCCGCCGACCGAACCGCUGCCGACGCCGAGGAUCAUAGCUGCAGCAACGGUGGUACUUGCCGUGGCGCGAACAUCGCCGCCGCGUGGGACGUCUGCACGACGACGGAGGCCGUGGUGGGACUCCUCUUUCGUUUCGUCUGCGACGUUGCCGCCUCUUCUACGUCGAUGAAGGCCGGCGAGACCUCGUGCCGCGGGGCGGACAACACGCAGGAGUUGCUGCUGCGUCUCCUGGAGCUCUCUGGGCGGGGUGUGGCCUCGCUGGCCGUCGAGGCGCUGCUGGCGGGGAUGGCGACGGCGCCGCCCGCGCACACCGAGAGCGCCGCGGUGGAGCACGUGGUUGCACGCUUUGUACAGGCCGCGUUGCUGAUGGGUUCGUGGCGUGACAUUUACUGGCUGGCCUCGCGGCUGCUUCCGGCGCUGACGGCGGCGCUGCGGGUGCAAGAGGGCGAGGAAGCACACCGCCGAUUUGUCUCCGCGUGGUGUUGGGUUGUUGGGCUCCUGCCGGCCACGGUGGCCGCCUCCACCCGCACCUCCGCCAGCCUGGAGUCGCAGAUCACGGCUCUCGUGGGGCUGACGCCGACGGCGCUUCUGCAGCAGAGUGGCGUGACCACCGCUGCGGGCCUCGUGGAGGGCGAGGGUGGCGGCGGUGCCUCUCCCCAGGCGCGGCUGCGACACAUUUUUUGCGCGUUCCUGAUGAAGUUGCAUGAGAGAAUCUUACUGAGGGCGGAGUCCGAGCUGCGCGGCGAGGGGAGACGCGCGGCGGCCUUCAUCGCACGUCUCGCACGCAUGCGUCCCGUGGUGCAACUUGGGAUGGAGCUUGCAGUGAACGACGUGGAACCCGCGGCGGCGGCGAGACUGCGCUCGUCACUACUAUUUUUUGUCGCAGAAGAUCGGCUGUGGCGCGCGUUGGUGGAUGCUGUCAGAGACGAGUGUAGCCGCGCCGGCAUUUCCGAAUCUGCGGCUGCCCCGGCUGCAGUGGCCCGGUGGCAGGCCGCGGUGCGGCUGCUCUGCCGCGCCGACAAGAGGCUGUUUCACGCGCUUGCCGCGCAGAAGCGGGGGGCGGGUCAGGCGGAAGCGGAGGAGCUGCAACGGGUGCGGAAUGCCCUGCAUACCUUCCAUGUGGCGUGCCUCACGCAACGCUUGCCGUGGGAGACCGCCUUGGAGUUGUUUCUUCGCGACGAUGGGCCGCCGCACACGACAGUCGUCUUCCCUGCCUUUUACACCGAGCAGCUGAUCCGUCGCUGCCCCUCGUGGGACGCGGCUCUGGAGCUAUUUAGGCACUCACUCUCCACUGUGUCGCGCCCGACAAAGGUGCAGCAGCUCGUGGCUCACUUAGCCCUGCAUCGGAUGCGUACAGAUGCCACGUGGGUGGGGGAGGGGCAAAAAAAAGGCCCGUUGCACUCGCAUGACGGCGCCAGAGCUGACGGUGGCCUGCUUUCCUGGGAGUUGGCCUGCUGGUGCUACAGUCAGUUGACGCACGAUCGGGCAGCGCCGGCUUUGCCGCAGCGGAAUAUGAUUGAGAUGCUGCGCCACUGCGUCUUUUCUCCUCCCGCCGCGCUUGCAAUGUAUGAGGCAUACUGGAAGCAGGGGUAUCGUCUCACGGAGGGGGUGAAUGUGUUCCUCUCCCUCCUGCGGGCGGCGCGCCUAGCAGGAAGCGAAGAAUUGGCCCUGCGUGCCAUGCGGGACUACCUCAGCUGCUGCGAUGAGCACGACGGUGUGACGUCCACCACCAGCCGGGGCUUUGCCCGGCACCACAUGUUCACGGCGGAGGGGAAUGCAACCCUGUGCCGCUCCUUCAUGCACGCCUGCGAGAGUGGCGUCGUCUCUCGUCGGGCGGCAGCGAAGGUCGUCGCUGCGUUGAAGCGGCGCGGCCGCAUCGGUGAGAUGGAGGAGCUGUUGAUGCUUGCAGCCUGCUCAAGAAGCGGUGCCACUGGUGGAUGA